AUGCAUUCCGCAGUCCACUACUGUAGGCUUCCGGAAAGGCAGCAGGAUCGAGUCAUGCAAGAGCCACUGAGAAAGCGAGCAAGGUUCUUGAGCUUCGUGCAGCGCGUGGCUGCCAAAGGACCUGUCUACGAGAAUUGCAGGAUUCUAGCCCCAGAUGGCCAAAUACUCUGCACUGUUGACAAGAAGAAGCUGAACUGGUAUGUGAGGCGCGGGCUUGCCCGGUUCGAGGACGGCCAGACUGACUGCAUACGGCUUCUCUUUGAGCCUCGUGGUCGCUUCGGCAUUCGCAACGAGUUGGGGUCGUCUGAGAAUGUCCCUGACGAGCACAUGCAGCAGCGAGAGCGAUUCUAUACGUCUGCCAAGGAGAAUCGCUGCGUGGUUUGUGGAAGCGAUGUCCAUUUGGCAAGAUACAACCUCGUGCCGAGCUGCUUUCGGAGCUUUCUGCCCACAUCGCAUCAGCCUGGAUCUCAUGAUGUUCUGCUGCUGUGUGUUCCUUGUCACCACAAAGCUUCCACAGAGCACGGCCAGCAGAUCAAGGAGAGUCUCGCAAGAGAGGUGAACGUUGGAGUGCCAAAAGCAAGCCCCGCCAAAAGUGAUCCGAGACGUCGAGCUGCCAUCUGUGCAUCUGGCCUCUUGAAAGGUGGUGACAACGUGCCGUGGCCGCGUGCUGAAGUGGUCUUCCAGCGCAUCCUGCGAGCCUGGGAGUUGGGCGACGACUUGUCAUGCCUCGAACCAGAGGUCGCUGCAGAUGUCGGGUUGUCUUGCUACGAGAGGGCGUUCCAGCAGAAGGCACCGAUGCUGAUCAGCAGACUUGAAGGGCGGUGGCCUGGUGCCACGAAGGUCCUUUGGCGCGCAUCCAAUUGGAGCGAGCCAGGUCGACACCCAGGGGCUCGAUGCCGGAACCAGCAGGAGACGGAGGUUGGACGCAGGACUGUCGAAGCGUGGAUGGAUUCAAAGCGUGACUUGGGAGACCUGGUUUGCAGAUGCAGAGCACAUUUCGUCCACAUCAUGCGUCCAGAGUUCUUGCCGGCACACUGGGAUAUAACCCACAGGAUUGCAGUGCGCCGUCUUUGA